CACACACACUCCGCUCCGAAUGAGGUGAAACCAAAACGACUCCGGACUAGAACCUGAGACGACCGUCAUCGGGACUCGGGAGAUGUACAGGAGACUCCUCGUAUUUUCCGAGUUUACACGGUCAUGAAAUUAUCCACCUGCUGUGAUUUGGAGUUUACCUUCGACGUGGAUACGCUCCGGGGGAAAGAGAAGUCUUCAGUGUCGGUUUGUUAUCUUGGAAAAAAACGUGUCCUUCUUGGUCCUCGCCUCUAACCCGCGGAGACUUCGCCCCGGCCUGACAAGCUAACGGAGAAAAUCAAUAAGUUGGAGAAUCAGAGCUCAGCGCUCCGUAAACCAUGAGUGAGGAAAUGGAGAUAGCGGAGGAGAAAGAUUGGAGUGAGCUCGAACCCAACUACCCCGUCAAAAUCCUCCUGACCGUCUUCUACAGCGUCGUCCUGGUGACGGGCAUCGUGGGUAACUCGGUCACCAUCCGAGUCACGCAGGUGCUGCAGCGCAAUGGCUACCUGCAGAAAAACGUCACCGACCACAUGGUUAGCUUGGCGUGCUCGGACUUGUUGGUGCUCCUCAUCGGCAUGCCGGUGGAGCUCUACAGCGCCAUUUGGUUUCCCUUCUCGUCGGCGGGAGGCAACGCGUCCUGCAAGAUCUACAACUUCCUGUUCGAGGCCUGCAGCUACGCCACCAUCCUCAACGUGGCCACGCUUAGCUUCGAGCGCUACGUGGCUAUCUGCCACCCGUUUCGCUUCAAAGCCUGGCGUGGGAAACGCACCUCGGCCCUCAUCGCCUUCGCCUGGCUGGUGUCCGUGCUCGUGGCGUUGCCGUUGCUGCUGGCGACGGGAACGCAGGGACACAUUCCCUUUCUGGCAAACACCCCCGUCCAGAAUCUGACCUUCUGCACCAACCUGAGGGAGCGCUGGGUGAUGUACCGGGUCAGCAUCUUCGCGUCUUUCAUCGUCUACAUGAUGGUGUUGAUCUGCGUCGCCUUCAUGUGCUGGGCCAUGGUCCUCGUCCUUCAGAGGCCUUUAGGAUUAGAGGACGGCGCCAUCAACGGAACUCAAAGGGCGCCCAAGCACGAAAGUUCAAGGAUCAAGACGGCCAGGAAGCAGACCAUCAUUUUCCUUGGUCUCAUCGUGGGGUCGUUGAUGGUGUGCUGGCUUCCCAACCAGAUUCGUCGCCUCAUGAUGGCCACCGUGCCCAAGUCCCGCUGGACCACUUCCUUCUUCCGGAGCUACGUCACCCUCCAUCCCGUGGCCGACUCCUUCUUCUACCUGAGCUCCGUCCUCAACCCGUUCCUCUACAACCUCUCGUCCAGGCAGUUCCGGGAGGUGUUCGUCCAGGUGCUGCGCUGCCGCCUCACCAUCGAACACAUCAACAAGCGCACGGUGCGCGCCGCGGCCUCGGCGCGCUCCCUCCAGCCCUUGCUGAUAAAGUCGCUGCGCCGGAGCAAGGCCAAGAAGACUCCGCCCACUUUGACCACCUUCCACAGUCAGAGUGACUCGGGAGUGGCUUCGAAUACUCAGACUUCCCUCAGCCUGAGCGAAGAGCCCGACGCGACUCUCAAGACAAAGACACACGUGCCGACGGAGAGCGAAGUGUAGUGCGCGGUGCAAUUUACUGCAAAAACAAUGAACAGUAAAACGAAGAACAUGUGGCAUCGUAAACAAAUAGAGAGAUAUUCCUUAUUCUUUAUAUUUCUUUUACACAGUGGAGUCACAAAUGGCAUGAACAAUUCACGCUCAGCUGAUAGCAAUCGUGUGAUGGGACUCCAAAGUCAGAAGAUUAUUAUACAAAAGUUUAAAUAUUCAGUUCAGCAUGAAGACCCCCCCCCACAUCGUUAAAGUAAAAAAAAAAAAAGGUACCCAGAAGAGUUUUUGACUCAUUUUUGGAUGUUUGUAUAGCCCAAUAUCACAAAUAUACCUUAGCGUGCUUUACACUCUGGACACGUACGACAUCCCUGACCUUUGAACACACAUCGGAUCAGGAAAAACUCCCAAGAAAUAGAAAAGAAAACCUUUCACAGGGAAAAAAGAGAAGAAGCCUUCAAGAGAGCAACAGAGGAGGAUCCCUCUCCAGGAUGGACAGAACAAUAGAUGUCAUGUGACCAGAAUGAAUCAUUACAGAGUAACAACACAUUCAAUGAGUAUGACAGAGUGUAUGAAUAGUUGGUAGUAGACAUGGACCACGAUAAACGAGGGCACUUGUGCACUCAUAAGCAAUGAGCGACACAUUCCUGUUGACUGCAGAGAGUUGAACAAGCUGUAACAGCAGCUCAGUUGACAUGCACCGGAAAAAAAUACUUCACAAAACUCAUUAGCAUUUUAGUUCUGGAGUCAGUAAGAGCUUUAAACAAGUAAUUAAUGUUGGGGAGCCAGCAUGAAGUCAUGAGGCUCAAGAGAAUACACCGGCCCGAGUCACCGAGAACACGCUUCAGUUACUACUCCACCUCCUGUGGGACGGAGCGAGCGGUUUUCUAUGCAUCGAAUGUUCUUUAAACGUUGAAGUCUACGAGGUUGGCAUGUUGACUGGCGUAAACAUUUCAUUAGAAGUCGUAUCCUGUGUUUUGUUGUCGGAGAGUUCAUCGGAUCAAUACCGACCAAUAAGCAGGACGACACCACGUGUCCCAACAGAUUAUAAUCACUGUUAUGCAAUGAGUGAGACCGGGCUAACAUGUGGUUACAUUGAGCUAAAGAUUAUAGUUAUUAUUUAAAUGGUACUAAAUAAAAUGUGUGUUAAAAUGA